AUGUGUCAAGUAAAGGGGUCUCUGUUUUGCCUGUCCCUGUCCACAGUCAAGGAAGAGACGAAUCGACACCUCGAGAAGAAUCUGAGCCGAGUAGCGUUUCAUCCGUCGACUUACGAUUUCUUCUUGAAGCCAUGCUUCUCAGGAUUGUGCCAAUCAGAAAAAGAAGCCUAUCAGCUAAUUCUGGACUUUAUGGAACCAGGCGAGAUGUCCCAUUUAGAGAAGCUGAAUUUCCUGAAUGCAGUGGCAACUCUGUGCAGUGUUGUGCGUUACCAGGCAAAUGGCAACAUGAAUAACUACUAUCCCAAAACGCUUCUGGCCAAGAAAAUUGAGACAUUCAUCCAGCAAGAACCCACCGAUACCUUGGAUAGCGGUGUGCGUCAGCAAGCCAUGCUCUGCAUUGUGGCCCUGAGCCAGGUGAAGCCACCUUUCCACUUAUGCCAGAAGCUGGACCUGGUCAAUGUGAGCAUCACCAGCAUCUUCUCCCUGCCGCCCAUCAUGCCCAGUAUAGACCGAAAGGACAGCGCUAGUCUCUACCUCCAGACAAUCCAGGCCUUGGAUGACAUGCUACACGCUCUUGUGUUGGAACAAAGGAGCCCCAACAUGCUUAUAUUGCAAAACUUCAUAGAGAUCAUCUUACCUUGGUUAAUGAUGACCGACAAAGUGCACGAACAGACCCGAGCCUUGGGCACUAUCUCCCGACUGCUGAGGUUUAUUUGCAAUUUCUCGGAACUAUCACACAUGGUAUCGUUCUCCAUAAUCGGGAGGCUGAUCGGGACCUUCAGCAUCUUCUGCCUGGAUCCCAACCAGGAUGUCAGCUCAGGAGCGCUGGAGGCCCUGUAUUACUUGUUCACCAUCCUUGUGCUUCAGAGAAGUGUCAGACCGAAGACAGAGAUGAUCCUGAAGGACUUACAGAAGCAUUUCCGUGGCAACUGGAUGGCCAACAUGCAGAACCUCACACUGUUCUUCAGGAAAUACCUGACCCCUGUAGAGAGAGCCGAUGUGAUCAUGGUGGCCAUGGAGGCCAUGACCAGCGGCAGCGCAAAUAAUGUCUUAGCAGCCUCUAAGACAUUAAAGAUCAUUCUGAAGUACCCUCUUGCAGAAGUUGCCAAGGUGCCAGAAAUCAUCCAGUUAAUUUGCUUCCACAUAGACAGAGUCACCGAUAAAGCUGCCCAGAGUACCAUAAGGAAGACCUUCCACUUGCUGGUCCAGUCUCACACAGACGAGGUCAUCCUGACGCUGUACAAGACAGAGGACCCGUCACAGAGAGGGACAAAGAAAUCCUGGGAAAUCCUGGAUUCCUUUCCUAAAGGCUACCAAGUGAUCAUGAAAUAUCUGCUACAGAAGCUGAUUUCACCCCAGACACACACGGACCAGGAGACCGGCCAUGGAACAGAGCUCUCAGCACUGAUUGUCACCAGGGCCAUUAAUGAGCUGCUGCUGAUCCCGAGUCAGCAGUCGGAGGUGCAAACCUUCUUCGCCUCCCUGUUCGUGGCACUGCUUUUCCAAAUCUCUUUCCUGGUGACUAACGAGAGCACCGAGAGCCAGGACAAGCUGCAUGAAACUGUUAGUUCUUCCAUAGAGGCCCUGAAGACCUUACUGCGAAGCUCGGGGUACAUAGAACAUAUGUCUCAUAUUCAGACCCUCAGGGGCUGGGAACUGGUUGUCAGCCCUGAAAGUCACUAUGAAGGAGUCACUCUGCUGGCCAGGUCCCUGGUCGUCAAGAACUGUUGGCACAAUCGCCCUGUCUUCAGUUUCCUCAUCAAGACCCUUGAGGACUCAAACUGUGCCAAUUACUUGACAGCCCUGGUGUUUCUGACAGAGCUGCUCCGCUGUCCAGACGUGGCAGGCAUUGUGGAUGAAUUCUCCACCAAGGUUCUGGUGGAUUGGUUCAAGCGCGAGGAGCCAGCCAUAGACUAUCUAUUCCUGCAGAUCACAGAGAUCUUCACAAAGCACAAAAACACGAUGAGGCACUUCCACAUCCUGCAGUCCUACGUGUUAAGCUGCUGCUACUCCUCCAGCAGUGAGGUGGUGAUGGAGACCUUCCUCAUGCUGCGGCGCAUCCUCAGGGACCUCACCUGGCGUCACGCCUCCUCCUUCAUCACUGAACUGGCCUUCACUUUGGUCCACUUCUUUGAGGAGGAGUCAGAGGAGCUGCGCCUGAUAACCUUCCAGAUCUACGAAAGUAUCCUAACUAAGGUCUCGAAGAUGGCCCUUGUCUGUCCCCUGAGGCACCAGAUCCUCAACUUGCUGGUCCUCCUUGUGUCACACCUGCAGGACGUAAAUGCCGACGUGGUGGAGGUCUGUAGGCUCAGCCUCUGCAGGAUAGCUACCUUCCUGGGCUGGUCCAAACUCAAAGGGGUCUUCUCCAAGAAUGAUGUAUUCACCAUCCUCAGUGCUCUGCUGCAGCAGGAAAGGAGCAAGGCGCUCUGGUUCCUGAAGCAGAGUGUGGCUCUCUUCAAGAGUCCGCAGGGCCCCGUCCGCCAGGUCGCUGUGUGGUUUGCAGGUCAGAUCAUCCGGGUUCUCAACAGGGCCGAGAAAGAGGAAAUCGAGGAAGAAUAUAUAGCCUUAGGGUACAUGCAGAGAGACCCUGACCCCAUAGUCAGCUGCCUCGCCAUCCAGACUAUCUACAUCCUCGAAGCCAAUGAGCCGGUGACUCCAGCUAAGACCCCUUCCUUCUGCCUCUACAUGAGGAGGUUCCUAAGGAGAUACCACUGA